GAUGGAUACUCACAGUUAUCAGCUUAUGAAAGGAAAAGACUAAAGAACAUUACAGAAAACGCUAAAUUCUUUGCUGCUUUAAAGCUGCAUGAGUCAGCUGCAAGACUUCAACAAAUUGCAGCUAAACCGCAAUCUCAUGUCACCAAAAGAGCUAAGCCUAAGAAGGCAGAAGAUGAAACAAUACGGCGAAGAUCUAUGCGCUUGCAAAGAGUAGCACCGUCUGGAAUUCCAAUGUUGGAGAUGCCUGCCCAGCCGGGAGCAGAGGAAUAUAUGAAAGCUAAUGAUACCGAAAAGCGUACGUGUGACAUGGAAAGGUACCUAGACAGCCUGAACAGCAUGGUCCUCAGUGAAGAUAACAUUAAAAAGGUUGUGAAAUACCGAGUGUGUUCUAUGGCUAUCCAUCCUUCUGAAAGCAUCAUCUUUGUGGCAGCUGGAGACAAGUCCGGGCAGAUCGGUCUCUGGAAUGUGGUGAGUUGUUUUGGUGAAAAUGGAGCACAUGUCUUUAUGCCACACAAUUAUCUGGUCAGCUGCAUGCAUUUUUCUCCGUUUAAUCCUGCUCACUUGCUGUCUCUAAGCAGUGAGAGUCUGCGAUGUGGUGAUGUUACCAGAGCUGUCUUUGAUGAGAUAUGCAGAAGUGAAGAAAGCUUAUCUUCCUUUGACUUUUUGGAAGAUAAUGCCUCCACUGCAAUAGUAGGACACUGGGAUGGCAACGUCGCUGUUGUGGACAGACGGACGCCAGGAACAUCUUCAGAGCUUGAUGCAGACAUUGGCUUCAAAAGAACAAGGACAGUCCAUGUUCACCCCGUGAAUAAGCAAUAUUUCGUUGCUGCUGGCUCAGUGGAUGUUUGUAUUUAUGAUGUUCGAUACCUGAAGUCUAGUGGGAACAAGCCUGUGAGCUCUCUUAAAGGACACACAAAAAGUGUUGCUUCUGCGUAUUUCUCGCCUGUAACGGGGAAGCGAGUAGUGACGGUGUGUGCUGAUGAUAAUCUGAGGGUCUAUGACACCACCUCUUUGUCUUCCACGGUCGCAGCCCUGAGUACUAUCAGACAUAACAGUAACACAGGACGCUGGUUAACUAGGUUCAGAGCAAUAUGGGACCCCAAACAGGAAGACUGCUUCGUGGUGGGCAGCAUGGCACGUCCAAGACAAAUAGAAGUCUUCCAAGAUACUGGAAAAUUGUUGCACUCUUUUUAUAACCUUGACUGCCUUGGUUCCGUGUGUUCCAUUAAUGUUGUUCAUCCCAGUAAGAACAUCCUAGUGGGCGGCAACUCCAGUGGCCGCCUUCAUGUGUUCAAAGAAUAA